AUGUAAAUAAACAAUGAUCAAUUCAGAGUAGACGCACCCCAAGGGAUGUGGUACCCAAGGGUAGCGUGCGUGCCACAGCGCGUGCGCGCACGUCGAGCAGUCCACUGGCAGAGUGCUGUUAUCAACCCCCUCGGACCACGAAGCCACCCUUCGCAUUUUUGCGCGUCGCAAGCGCCCCAACUCUGAGACGUGUUAUAUUCGUUACAUUUUUUGUCCGCGAUUACAGUGAGUGCGAGAAUUCGCCGACACCCCCCAAGAUCUACCGUGCCAGAAAACCCACGUCUCGUUGCCGUGGUGUGUGCGCGAAAGUUAUUGAUUCCCAUCGCGAAGGAACGGUGGUGGUUCGUCGAGCACGUUCGGAGCACACCUGUCGCGAGGUGUGACGACGUGCAUUUCACCUACUUUCAACAUCAUUGCGGCUUCGAUUGCUUUAAGGAGUAUUUGAAGAAUUAGCAUAAUUUGGAUUAAUUCUCGAAAGCCAAGAUGAAGAUCGGGCUGUUGAAGAACUUUUUGCAUUAUUUUAAUCUGAGGCAGGGGACGAUAUUAAUUGCCAUAUUCCAAUUGUUUUCGUCCGGAUUCAGUAUGAUAUUCUUCAUUCUGGCUCUGGCGCACGCAAUGGGGAUUCAAGAAAUGGUGGUGAGAGACACCGAAGAUGCCCUCGAAAGGGAAGCCUUGGAGGAGAUAUCAUCGAACCAUCUCAACACAAAAAAGAUGGACCUUGCGCAUCAUAACGCGACCGAAAUGGUAUACGCAAUGUAUUGCGGUCUCGUCAUCACAAUUAUUCAUUUCAUCUCCACCAUGUUACUUCUUUACGGAGCCUUGACGAACAAUCGUCACUUUAUGGCGCCUUGGAUGAUGGUUAAGAUCACUAUUAUAUCAGCCCUAGCAAUCUCAUUAUUCUUGGUAGAGGAAGAUUGUCCUUUCCUUGCUACUCUAGGCGGAAGAGCGGGUAUUUGCGAACGUCUAAUCGCCUUUUUCCUGAUAAUCAUGAGCUUUUACGUCUGGUUCGUGGUAUACAGUACUUAUAAGAGCCUCGAGACGAAGAAAGGACUUACGCAUGAAGUGCACAGUAUGAAAAAAAAGUACGCAGUACCCGUACCGUUGGAGGUACCAAAGGCGAUCCAGGUUUCAGUGAACAAACCCUACGAACUUUAAAGAUAUUAUGAGAUAGCAAUGAGAAACUUAUUUUUUGACGAGGAUGAAAAAAUCCGUGAUUCGGUAAAAGAACCGCAAGAUUCAACCGCAAUAAGCUGUCAAUGACGUAGAUGUGUUUUAAGAAGUAUUAUGUGCUUUCGGAAAUCUUGAAAUUGAGAUGUCAAUUUAAAAGUGAUUGCAAAAUUAUAUAAGGAAUGUUAGCUCGAAAAUGAGAAAUUGAUUACAAGUUGACGAAAGAUUUACAAUACGAUAUAAAGUGUAUUGCGCGUACGUAGGACAAGACGAACGGAAAGAAUUUUGUGAAGACUUGUUAAGAGGACCUGCAAGAAAUGCGCUUCUUAUAUUUAAACGGUUCUCUUUGUUCUGCCUUAUUAAAGUUACAUGCUCUUUUACGUUCGUUAAGGUGGUUCUUUAAUGCGACGCACAGAUACGCUAGUAUUUAGGUUUCAUUCAA